UCAGUGUCUGAUGACGAAUUUCCCCACGAAUCGUUAUCACUCAAUUCUGAAAGUAAUUCUAAUUUACUAUCGCUGUUCUCUAGCUGGUCUAAAGCCACUUUUGACCUAAAGGGACGCUUUUUGGACGCCACUUACAUUUCUGUUUCCAGUCAGAAAGAACAGUAAAAAUGCAGGCAGGGCACAGGACAAAGCACUAGGGACAAAAUGUAUGUGAAAUGCUUUGAUACAGUAAUGUUUUACUAUGUGAUUUUAGUGUAUUGAGUGAAUGUCACUUUUAAAAUGUAUGAAUUUCCCGCAGGUUCCAUCCCCCGUACGUCGGUUGGAGGAGAUGGCCGGGGACGCUGCAGGGGGGACAUCGCAGGAGCACAGGACAAGCAACGCUGCAGGGUA